CGAUAUGACCGCUUUCGACCGGCAUUGCUUUCCGCCACGUCGCCGCUGCUUGCUUUGGCCUUUGCAAGGCCACCAGUAGCGACGAUAAGCGUAGGAGUGUGCGUGCAUGGAUCGCGUUGGAUUAGCAUACGAGGAGGACCCGUAUCUGCCCGAGCGCAAGGCGGGCGAUGAGGAACCCACCGCCUACGACGGGGACCAAGACCUCGGGAAGGUCGGGGCGACCGACCCAACUUUGGACGAUGAGGGAAGGACUCUGCUCCGGCUCGCGGCAGGGGAAGAGAUCGAAGAGCUGCCUCACGACAGCUUCUUCGACGCACCCUCAGAGGUGAAAGGGAGUGAUGCUACUCCGGACAGUGGAGUACACGACCUUUCUCAUUUGGACCCCGAGGAGAAAGCCCGCCUUGAGGAAGCAUGGAGGAAUGAGCUAGCAGAGGUGGAAGGAGAGAUCCUGUCUCUGCGCACGGUGCUCUCAAAGAAGGUGGCACGUGCUCAGGAACUGAAGCAGAAGUUAGGCAUCACAGUCUGGAAGGAACUCAAAAGCGACAUGGAGCAGGGACUCAAGAACAUUCAGGAUUCCACAGCCUCUCUCACAUAUUUGUUUGGAAGCAUAACUCCCGUUGUGCUUCCAUCAUAUCAGAACUUCCCAGGGCUUUUUAACUCCCCAGCAUAUCAGAAGACGACCACCAGCAUCAAAGUAGCUGGAGAGAAGACCACAUCCGCCCUUGGAAACUUGGGCGCUAGCAUGUCAAAGAAGCUCGGAGAAAUGAAAAACUCUCCAGCAUUCAAGUCAGUUGAGGAGAAAGUGGGCUCAGUCUACACAAACGUGAAGUCGAAGGUCUCAUCACGGAGCAGCAGCGUGAACAGCUUUGAGGACGCACUCAACAGGGGAGGAAAUUCGACGUCCGAGACACCCACAAGUCCCAUGGUUCCCGAAGACAAACCACUUCCGUAACACCGUGUCUCGACAAUACUCUCUCCCCCCACCCCACCCCACCCACCCCUCUCCCUACUUGCUCCUAUUACUACGGCCUUAUAAAAAAAGCUAAGGUGCAGCGGCAGGGUGCUGCUUAUCGGGGUCGUGAGGGGCCAUUUUCUCGCGGAACGCAAUUCCUUCGAUGAAAGAACGAGAGGCAGUGCUUUUGAGAGAAUAACAUUAAUUUACAUUUAAGUUUUUGCUUGGUAUUGUCAAUGCAAAAUGUCUUUCUCUGAGAAAGAGGGGAAAAAAAUGCAAUAUCCGUAUGGCGUAUGGUAGGCUUUUUGCGGAACACUUUUAUAUUUUAAUCACUCUAGUACAGUGUCAGGAAAGGCCUUUCAGACGCAACUAAAAAUGCCCCAGCUGUGUGCAGGAAUGCACACUGUUGAACUGCCUUACAGUCCUGCCUCUGUAGUGUGUGUGUGUGUACGUACAUGCGCAGCGGGCCCAGAAAAGUUAGGCACGUUCCUUGUGCACUUGCACAACAAUGUACCCUGCAGGGGACUCUGGUACAAUCUUGGUGGAGUAGUUCCAAGUCUGCAACGUCUAUGUGCUAUUCCUUGCACACGUGUUUGAUAGCGGUGUAUCUGUGAUGUACAUCACCAGUGUAAGCUUUUGAUUCGCAGAACUAUUGCCUUUUGAAGACUGUCUUGUUCCCACGUUCUGGCAUAUUUAGAUUUCUCAUAUUGUACAGAGUUCUUGAUAGCUUACCUUCACACAUGCUACGUGAAACUGUAUUAAGCUUUGAGAACAAAAGAUGUAAAAGCCUUCGACGUAAGCUCGCACUCCUAGAGGCCAAUGGAUGUAUUUCACGUGCACAUGGUUACACGUAGCUUUUUAGUUCCGAUGAAAUGUUCAGUUGCCUUUCCUGACAACAGAAGAAACCUGUAUUUUUCUAAGAGAAGCUAUUUUUUUCUAGAGCGUGAUUAUGCAACGGGAAUCCCGGGCUGGCAUCUUAACAACAAAGUUCUUUUUGUUCUGCUGCUUGGAGAGCUUGUCCAUGAUGCAAUCAGUAGCACAUAGCUUGACAUUACACCUGAAAGUGUAUGGGCAAGAUGUUUGACGCGAUAUCUGCUGUGAAAGAUAGCAAUUUUGUCUUUGGAAGGCAGAAUUCUGUUGCCAUUUUUGUAAUUUAUUUCUUGGAAAGCAAUUGCUCCCUUUUCUGAGCACAUCUUGUGUGUGGAUCAAUAAAGCAAGUUUGGGCUUUGCAGUAACAAGUACUUGCUGCUGAGCAACCCACUUGUGUGUAAAAAGUGAA